AUGCAUAUACAGAAUAAAAUUCUUGCAGAAUUUUGCUCUGAAAUUCCUGUUGCGAAUGGACAAACAACAGUAUUGCAAUUGAUGGAUGUUUCAUCUGGGCCACAAUCCGCUUUCGAGACAACUUUCCGACAGCGAUUUUCGCUUCCAAUAGACCCUGGCCAUGACCAGAUCCAUACUCGUGAUAGCGGUGAUAUCACCCCAAGCCACAUCACCAACAGCGUGGUACCCACCUCCAAUGACAAUCAAUAUCCCCAACCCAGUACUAUCACGACUCGUAGUGAUAACUUGUCCAAUGGCGAGGAUCACAUCCUCAAUGUAUCUUCUACCGAUCUAGCAGAAGAUAUUAGUCUUGUCGAUGACAUCAUUUCGAAUAAUGCUCCCCUCUCAACAGAACAUGCCGCAGAGCGUUCUGUGUAUCUGAAGCGCUUUGUGCGCAAAACAUCGACGUUAACCUACGGAUGGUUCGAGACCACUGGUGCACAGCCCGUUGAUACCCCACCUAACUUUUUAUCCUUUGAUACUCUCCAACUCGGCGACCUAUUUCUCCAUCGCACCGACCAGAAAGUGUCGUGCUGGAUCCGCGAGUAUUCCCCUAGUGGUGGUGUAUGGAGAGUGAUCUUACCGGGAGAUAAUGGGUCGCACAAUGAAGAUUUCUCUUGCAGAAUUUUAGUGUUACAUUCUGAUGGGAAUCCCACAUGGGUUCUUCCCAAAACUUACGGGUUCAUCGGUGCACUGAACAGAGACCUCCGUCGCUUCAAAACACCUCGCCCGCAUAACAAUCAAGACAACAGACGCACGACCUUGGGUUCAUGGUACGGGUUCAUCGGUGCACUGAACAGAGACCUCCGUCGCUUCAAAACACCUCGCCCGCAUAACAAUCAUCAAGACAGCAGACGCACGACCUUGGGUUCAUGGGUAAACCAGAGCGGAGACCUCCGCCGCUUCCAAUCACCUCGCCCACAAUACGGGUUCAUCGAUGUACUGAGCAGAGACCUCCGCCGCUUCAAAACACCUCGCCCGCAUAACAAUCAUCAAGACAGCAGACGCACGACCUUGGGUUCACGGUACGGAUUCAUCGGUGUCCAGACACCUCAUCCACAUGCCACAAAUCAAAGACGCCUAAAAUACAACGAUAACUGGAUCACUUCACCGGCGGACGCGGUGAAUGUUCUUAAAGGCCAACUGGCGCUCAUGCACCCAACAGAGGGAAUCCAUUCGUUUCUCCAGGAGUCUGAAGGAACGGCUGAAGUAUUAAUAUUGGCACAAUUGCUUGUAAACGUUGACGUUGAGUUGCGGAAAAGUGGAUUCAACUCGGAAUAUCACGUGAUCAAUUAUCCGCGGGAAAAAAUCUUAAAGCUCCCUCCUGGUGCAUUCCCACCAUCAUCCACGUGGGCUGAUACUGUGGAUAAGGGCCUUCUUCGAAUGCUCAUACAUCUCCCUAUCCCGUUCGUGGUCUUCACCCUUCCCUCACUGCUAUUUACUUACCACUCCUGGACCAAUGUUCUGUCGGCCAUCCUGACUAUGCAACAGCUCUCACCCCUUGCAUGGGCAUGUGCCUUGCGUGUACCUAUCACCACUUGCUUGUCUAUCUCCAUAUAUUUGUGCAAUACAGGCGUGCAUUAUCUAUUCUACUACCAUUUCAUAAUACCUAUGGAGCUAGAGGGGGUCAAAAGUGCGGUCGGUAAAUGCCAGAAACUGUCAAACAAUUUGAAAUUGUGCACGGCGAUCAAGAACCAGCGCAAUGACUGA